CACAUUUAUAUGUCACGAUUCCAAUUACGUCGGUUUUUUUGUUUAGAAGAAGCUAAUCCAAGUUAGUUUUUGAGUGUCAACAUGACCACUUGCCUUGCGCGAGAUUUGGUCCUGAAAAUACGACAAAGCCCAUUCUAAGUCCGUUUGUUGUCUGCCAUGGUGGCAGUCACCCAUGUCAGCACCCAAAUCAAUGACAAAAACUGUACAUUCCUUGUCGCUCAUAAACUUGGUGCUGUAAGUGCAGAAUUGGGAUUGAUGGACGAUGUCUUCCUGAGAAAUAAGAUUAUGAAAUAAGCAAUCUACAACAACAUAAGGAUUAAUUAUCAAAAGGAAAUGGUAUAAAAACCUUUUAAGCAGUGAAGAUAAUGUUUAGUGUCAUUCAUGCAGAAAACGAAUUCUUGGACUCUGAGCUGGUAAUUCACUCCUAACCAGGAAGAAUCUUUGUCUCUAUAGAAAAGAAACAACUUUCCAUUAUUUUUAUUUUUUGGUUUGUAGAAUUCUGCCUUCUAAGUGUUAGCUUUUACACCAUCGUCUCUUUUGUUUAUUUCAUUCUUUUAUUUCGUUCGCAGCAACAUCAAGCUCUAUUGAUUGUUAAGGUAAUGGAUUUCAUUCGUGAAUAAUGAAUGAAAUCCUUGGAACGGUUUAUGAGAUACAAGUACUAAGCGCUCUGAACACUGGUGAAACAUCUGAAGGGUUGAAUCCAAAUACUUACUUUACUAUUAUAAACUUCUAAUGUAUCUACGUCUGUAAUGAUUCAACCUACAAUCCUAAUCAUUAUGAACAAUCAAACGAUACCUUGCUAUACACUACUAGAACCAACAUUACUGAAAGAUUACAAAUAUCUCUUAUAACAAGCCAAGCAUUUGGAGUAAACAAAAAGAAAAGAAAAGAAAACAAUACAUGCUGAAGAAGGUUCGUCAUUAAUGCUUUCUUUCAUUUUAUAGUAGGAGAUCACCUUGGUCUGGAAAUACUCACCACCAUAAUUUCAUGCAAAGUAAAUUAUGGGAAUAGCAAGUAAUAGGAAAAUAGAUUUUGAUUUUUCCCUUUUCGUGGAUAUUUAAGGUAUUAAGUGGUGUAUUCGUGUACAACGUUCUAAAUAAAAAAUGGUGCGCUUAACUCCACGUAUAGUUGCUAUUUUUCUCAUCGAAAAGACUAGCUCUGGAUCAAAUUUUGUCUUUCAAUGGCCGUCGCAACCUCAAGUCCAUUUUCAAGACUCUCCCAGGUCCCCUGAAGAUGUAAGCGUAGCCAUGGAUAUACUGAAACUUGAAGAUGAAGAAGUUCAAGAAUUUGAUGGCGCCGCAGAUGAAAGUCAUGUACUGGGAUACGAAAAAGGAUUUUUAGCAAACAUGCUAUCUCCACGUCCAGAAUUGUGUAAUCAAAAGUUUGAGAUGUGGGUGGAUGGCCUUACAUUUUUAGGUUGCCCUGUUCAUAUUGGUCCUUCUGGUGAAUGGGUAAAGCGUAAGAAUCCUCCUAAAAAUGUAGAGGUUUCUUCUUUGGUAGAUCCGUUUGGAAUAAAGGAAGAUUCGACCAGCGCUGCUUCGGCAAACUUAUCUGAGUUGAAAAUUAAUCAAUCCAAGCCAACCUCAUCUAUGUCUCUUUUUCACGUCGUGUUCGUGUUAAACGUCCCUACCGCUUCUAUUUAUCGACCUACAAUAAACACUAUGUAUGAAUCUAUUGUGGUUAAAUUGGUCACAGGUCUAAAAUAUGAACAAGCUAAACGUAAUUAUGUGGAAAAUGAAUGCAAGCAUAUACGAAAAAUGAAUGAGAGGUAUACUAAUCAGAGGAUCCCUUUCGACGAUUUCUGUCGGGAGAUUCCCUUGCAUUCGAACCUUGCAUCAAUUUUAGUGACUACUUAUGAAGCUCUAAUACACCUGCACACUGCAUAUUUAGAGAUCAAUCAUUCUAUCAAUAUAACUCUGCUUUGGCCCAUGACUGUCUCCGUUUCAAGUUUGGAUAAAUUAGAGUUGCAAGAACGUUCUCCUACGAUUCUUGCAUCUCAAACUAUUUUCAAUGAGGAAGAACCCUCUUUGAUAGAGCCAUCUGUAGCCCCCUACUGGUCUUUGCUUUUGCUACAAGAUCUUGAAUCUAUUAUGAAACGUCUUCCGCUUUCGCGCAACUCCUUGCUAGCUUCAUUCAUCACGGAAGCAAGACCUACUUCUACGUUUACUGAUAUUGCGAAUUCUUUAGGUAUUUCUUUAUCGGAAUGCUUUCUUUUAGCUAAGCAUCUCAUACAUUGGAGAAAAGCUAUAGCUAUACCUCCACUUCUAAUACGGAAUACGUAUGUUACUUCUCCGACAGCCGAUCUUUCCAAACUUGAAUCAGAUGCCCGCCUCUUUGCACGAACGUUCCCAAGUCUCCCUUCCCUUCCUACAUUUUUGGCUAUUCUCUCUUUUAAACCGCGCCCAUUUGUUUCUAUCAUACCUUCCAAAGAUCAUGAAUCUACUUACUUGGAAAUGUUAGCUUGGUUAUGCCGGCGUAAUUGGGUUUACGAACAGAAUAGCUAUAUAUAUGUGUGCGUGACCCCAGAAAUCAAGGAAAAAGUCAAAGAAGCCAUCGAAUCGCAAAGUUCAGAGGAUCAAGAUCCACAGCUACUUGAACAAUUAAGGCAGGAUGAUGGGAGGGAAUCCCUUAUUAUAGAUCCUCAUUCAGCAUCUUUACUUGAACAAAAAUGGGUCCAGGCUAUAGCAUACGAGAAAGGCCCCGAGCUGGCCUCACUGUUUCUUUCUGUUGUCAAGUAUUUUAACGGAAGAUACGCCCUUCAAACGAUUUGGAUUUCCGAAGGCUUACCUCGUAAAUCCAUGCGAAACGUAUUAAACGAAUAUCAACAUUAUCUUGUUCGUUGGUAUUCUUGGUAAUUAUAAUGUAUAGUUUUGCAUAUGUUCUGAUUAAUUAAUUUAGUGUAUAUAUUAAGAAUGCUAUUAUUAAAAAAAUAACUUAGUCGCUAGCUUUAUAAAUAUUAGAAUAAUAAUCAAUAGAUCCUAGAAAUUUCCUUCAACG